UUUUCCGCUCCACUUGGCUCGGGUUACGGGGCUCGCGGGCUGAUAUCUCUCGCGUCGGCGCCUGCGGGACUGCGGCUGGCGUGAGAGGGGCCCGAACACACGGCGCCCUGGCGUCGCCGCCGCCGCCGCGGCCACGCAGAAAGUCGUCUGGGACCGUUGCUGGCCGCCACCGACUCCAUCCGAAAGGCGCCCUCGCGCAGGCCCCCACCUCACCCCCCUCCGCCCCUCGGAAGAAGUGGACAAGCCCCCCACCCACGGCCGACACACCAGUCGUGCGCCCCGUUUCUCCUUGACACCCGGAAAAAAACCGACCGACCUACAGCGGCGGAAAGUUUCCCGUGUUGUCUUGCUGCUCCCCGGGUUGGGAUCUCGUUUGUCUUGGUGCCGCAUCUCCUCGCCACCCUCCUCUCCAUUCACGACAUCCAUAACCUGCGCUUUUGUGUACGCCAAAGCCGCGAAACCCGAUAUUCCCGUGGCCCAAAUUCCCAAUAGGCUUGCGACCUUAUUGUCCUACUCCUUCUGAUAUCGCCACGAAGACUUUGUUCAGUGAAUCUGCCCGAUACAAGUGGACAUUCCUCGAAGAUUCAUCUACAAGCAGCGCCUUGUUCCCUUCAAUAAUUAGCGCGUGCGAGUACGAUAGCAAGAAAAGUGUCGAAUGGGAAGGAGUGUAAUCGGGGCCGGACCUUUCUUUCCUUGAAGUCGGACUAUGAAUAGCGACAGUGGACUUCCAUGGCUCCUCGUUCUCGCAGCGUCCUGACGGGUUGGCGAGCGAGCCAGUGACACCGUUUUGCUGGACCAGCAAUACGAGCAGUCUUUCGAGGCGUUGAAUCUGCGGACGUCUCGUCACUUGCCCGACCGACAUGCUUCUCCGUCUGCUGAGCGCCGCAUGCCUCGUAGCGGCCGCGGCUGUGGCCAGUCCGCGACCACCAGAGGAGGAGGCCUUCGAGGCGGACCACAAGUCCCCCUUGACGCCCCUUCUUGACAAGAGGAACGACGUUACUUCCUCGACGUCCGACUCGUGCUCCCUGGACGCCACCCUGGCGUCCAUGACCAUGGGCGACAUGGAGAGGCUCAUCGAGCGCUUCGCCAAGCUGCAGGGCAUGACCGUGUCCGGAGUCGUCAAGCAGCUCUACUCGGCCCUCUACUCGUCCAUCAAGCGGAAGGUGGCCGGUGAACAGGGCCUCUCGCCCAUGGCACUGGAGGCAAUUCAGGAGCUGUGCCUAGGUGGCGCUGGUCCCGCCUACCAGCUGGUGCCCCCUCACGGUCCCAUCUUCUCGGGCCUCAGCAGCGCCUUCAUGCCGAACACAGAGUUCGCGCCCCUGCCGCCCAUCAGAAAUUUGCGGCCGCCGCCUGGCGCCAAGCUGCGGGUUCAGACCGGCGGCGGAGACCUGGACGCGAGCAUCACCGUGUCCCCCAAGAUGACGCUGGUGGAGGCCCUGAGGCGCGCUGACUACAAGCUGGCCGCGGACACUGGCCGCGGAAGCGGCGUCCUCCACUUGGGCUUCUCGGCCACGCGCGCCUGCUACAUCGUCGAGUCUGUCGCGGGUGUCAGAGCGUCGCCAGAGCGUGCCUGGAAGAUCACCAUCGUGGAUCGCUUCGGAAAGUUGGUGUACGACAACAUCUGCCUACCUUUGAAGGACGACGACCUGGUGGUUCAACCGAGGAUGAAGAUCACCCUGACAUACGUCGAAACCAAGCGAAAAACGCAGUGAUUGCGCUGCACAGCGACGCACUGCCUUAUGGGGCUGCCCACCCUGCACGGUGGGAUAUCUUCGCCCAGAGCCCCAAGCCAUUACACUACGUGUUAACUUAUUUCCUGUCUCCCGCCUCGCUGUAUGCUUCCCACUACAACUACCUCCACGUCUGAAUAAGGAAUGCCACCGUCUGCUGUUGGUUCUCUUUCGGCCAGCCGACGAGGGGGGCUCACAGGUCAUGGCAGCGUCUGUGGUCACGGUUUACUAGCGCCAGGCACGUUAUGUAACGGUCAAGCAUUGUAGUCGUGUGCUACAAGAUGUAGCAAAAGAAAUGGUGAAGGCGAUGAACUGUUCCUCAAAAACCACCACCAGGUGCAUGCACAUGCAUGUUUUGUUUGCGAGAGCGACCGAUCUUGCUCGUCACGGCCAUCUGACUUACUGAAGGCUUACAUUAAUCAGUGAACUAAGUUCCCUUGCGGGAGGCCGAAACGUCGGUAAAUAUUUUUCACCUUGGUCGGCGUCCAUCAAUGUGUCCGAUCACUUAUUACUCAGGGUUAACGACGUAAGCCCGUACUUCAGAUAGAUCCAAAAGCGAGUACAGUAUCGCUAUCAUACGUCACCGCUUGUCGAGGAUGCAUGGUUUCAACCCCUAGUAGUCGACCAAUAGCUAUAGUGCGGUCGAAAUAGACUGCACGUUUGACUUCAAAGAGACGCAGGUGUGAAACGCAUGAAAGUUGACAUAUCCAUAUGUUUUGUUAGGAAGUAGGUAUAAUGUAAGUGAACAGAAAGAAAAGAGUAAAUACGAAGAUGGUAAAUGCGAUGCACAGUGUAAGGAGUUGUAAGCUGCUUCAACCUCAAUGCAUAUCUUGCGAGUCCUCGCUUGUUCGGAAACCAAAGCACAACAUUUGCGCAGUUUUCGGCUGCGCUAAAAUACUCAGGGUCAUCCCAACUUGAAUAGAAUUAUUGACGGCGAGGUGUGUUCCCUAAGCGAGCUAUGCUUUUGCAAAUCUCGGCCAGCUCUAAGGCAUCCAUGUUAACAUCAUCACUCUCCCCGCGAAAGCGAUGUCACGCAGGGAUACGCCGAAGGUUACGCCGUGGUUUGUGUUGGGAAUAAUAACUUCUUUACAGAGUGGUCAUUUGAAAAAGGGAACAUGCGAGCACGUGGCCGCUUUGAGCGCCAGCUAGAGUCAGGGAGAAGAAUUACGCCCACUUUUACGUUAUGUAUGGGCGGCCAUAGCGAUCGUCUAUCGGGUUAGAGAAUCAGACAGACAAUCGCCUAUCGGCCGUGCCGGGUGACAUCGACCACCUGCAUGAAUUACGCCAAAAGCGGACGUGUUUUAAAUUGGUGCAACUUGCUGACACUUUAUAGGCAGAGUGCCGGGUGACAUCGACCACCUGCAUGAAUUACGCCAAAAGCGGACGUGUUUUAAAUUGGUGCAACUUGCUGACACUUUAUAGGCAGAGUACAGGCCACACGCACGACUCUCCCGCCUUCAUAAAGGGCGAUACUGUACCUUUGAAUGCCUGAAACCGUGACCACGCUGCUGUUGAGGCCGUCUCGUUGGCUGGCUAUCGAGUCGGUUCUGAAGUACAAACUUCAGGCGAUGCUCCUGGUCGGCGUCGUCGAAGAGUGCAUUAAUAGUAGGUUGUGACGUCAGGCUAGGCAACACUGGCCCAGCAGUCGAUGCAACUGAGCCAACAGCAAUCGCUGUGGUGCCGGACAGCGGCACCGGAGAUUCAGAAAGUGAACCCAAUAAAGAAAAGAAAAAAAGCGAGAAAAGGCGUAUGGUAAACACGAGGAACAUUCACUUCAUUUCGUUCUGCUUCGGUAACGCUGCAGUAUCGCGGUUUAAUUUGCCUUUCAGAUGUGGCUAUCACAACCAGUGAGGAACCUUCCUGCAGUGACGAUAGGAGUCUGAACAAGCAAUACAAGCCAGUGGUAUCUGAAUGCGCGAAGUGUUCAAAGCUUUGUCGUACGUAGGUGACCUUUUCAUUGCCCGAUCCCUUCGACAAUAUCGAGAGAGGGAGGGAUUAAGAGAGAGGGAGAGAGAACAAAACCUUAUUGGCGGGGGGUCGCAAAUGGUCAUGGACCCCAGUACUUCUCUAGCCCUUGCCACCAUCUCUGCCCUUUGAACCAGCCAAACCUGAUCCCCAAAAGGCCGAGUGGACACAUUACUAAGUAUCAUCAUCAUCAUCAUCAUCAACAACAACAAUAACAACAACAAACGAAAACAAAAUGCUGCUUCUGGAGAUCUUGCACAAAGCUUGGCUCAGUGUCAUUGGGGUGAGGAAAAAGAGGAAUUAAAAAAUAGAAAAAGAGUAAUAGUGACAUGGAGAGAGUAGAGAUUUGAGCAAAUUUGUGACGCGGGAGCCCACACAUACGCUAUUCUACCAGUGAACUGAUACAGACGACUUUGACAAUAACAUGUCAAGCUAUUUAUAUGAUUAGUAAACUCGGUUACAAACUGAGAAAACACGUAAAAUUCACCUGUAUAUCCACUGCUGCCUCUUUCACCGAGGAUUCGCACAGAGGAUCCAAGCAAUAGCGCUUGCCUAUUUUUGUGAAGUCGAGUUGUACAAAUGUUGCAUGUACCAUUUGACUUUCUUUUAUAGAGGUGCGUUUUUGUCGCUGGUUCUAGUUUGGAAAUUUGAGAAAUCCUGGUAAAUUUUGCUUGUCGGUGCAGCUGACACUUUUAUAAUGUUGUGACCUAGCAUAGUAAUGUUGACUUUGACCUCGUAAUAAAAGGAAUAGUUUAC